UUCGGUGUGAGCUCCGCCAGCCAAGUCGUGAUACUUAAAAUCCCACACACACAAAGAAAGAGAGCGGCCUAUUGCGAGAGAGAGAGCAAAGGAAAAAGAGAGCGGUAGCGCAGAGAACCAAACUAGUAAGGGAGAGUGCGAGCGAAUAUAAGAAAAAUAUAUCGAAUCAAAGCCGAGCUUAGACGCAUUUUUUUGUUUUGUGUGUGGCCCAAACUGUGCAUGAAAUUGCAAGGAUUUUUGAAAGGAUAUCAAUAUAUUUUAAAUAUAUCUAAAAACACGCGAAAAGAAAUGUCAUAAUGGAGCCAAUGACCAUGCUGGUGUUGGCCUUCCAGCUGCUGGCACUCUUCUCGAUUGCCGGUGCGCUGCUCAUCUAUUUGAUAUGCAAAGUGCGCGAGGAUAAUGAAAUCUGUACAGCGGAAGCGCAACCGAGCCGUGUGGUCCUGGUCACGAGUGCGGACACGGCAUUGGGUCUCCAAUUGUGCACACAUCUGGCGAAUAAGGGUUGCCGAGUGUUUGCCGGAAUGAAGGAGGCUCAAGAUUCGUUGCCAGCGAAAUUGCUUUGCGGCUGGAUGAAAAUCCGUGAAUAUAGCGAGGAUCCGAUCAGUGGCACCAUCAUACCCAUGCGACUGGACGUCACCCGCGAGGAUGUGUUGCGUGAGGCAACUGUGGCCAUGGGCGCCCAUCUAAAUGCCGAUGAGAGGGGCAUUGCGGCCGUAAUCAAUACAAGCGGCAGUGUCUUUCGCGGUCGUGUCGAAUCCCAGGAUGUACAGCAAUGGGAACAUAUGCUAAAGACCAAUAUACUGGGUACAUUGCGUGUGGCCAAGGCUUUUGUGGGCUUCUUGCGACCAACCCGGGGACGUCUUCUAUAUUUGGGCGGCACAAAUGGUGGGGCCAGAACCAAUUCGACCAAUUCGAGCGGUGAUGGCCUGGUGGCCUUCAAUGCAUCGCGUGUUGCUGUCGAUAAAUGUGCCGAGGAAUUGCGCAAGGAGUUGCAGCCAUAUGGUGUCAGUGUUGUGGCCUUGGACACAUGCGGCAUGACAGCCGAAUCGUUAUACAAGGCUCCAGUGGCUCAGACCGUGUCAGCAAAUGCCGGUGCACCCACUCAAUAUACGGCCGAUGUGCUCAGUCCGACGGCCCUGCAAGUGAUCGAGCGGGCAUUGUGGGAUUUUACGCCGCAACAACGCUACACGCUGCUCUCGCACAACAAGUAUCAAUUCACGCUGCCAUGUCGCUCCUCGUUGCGUAUCCAGAGGCCAGCCGUUGCCGUGGCCAAUGAGGCAUCUGCCACACAAUCUGUUUGAACUGCACCGAAAGCCCACAAACUUUCUUCCUGUAUAUACAUAUCCCAACUCCCUCUCCUACCCUUCAAUUUUGCUUUCGUUUUAACCACAGACCGCAACCUGUUUUUGGAUUCCUCUCACAUACAUACAUAUAUGAGAGAUAUACAUAUAUAUAAUUUUUUUUUUUUUUGUGUUUUGAAUUUCUUAUCCUUUGCAAGGAUUUCUUUAUAUAUUAUAUUAUUACUUUUGUACACACUCAACAGGUGUAAUGUAAUGGACAAAAAUGAAAAAUAAGAGAACAUUAAGAAAACCUAAUGUUUACGGUUUCAAUAUAAACAAUGAAAAUAAAAAAAGAAAUUUAACUUUUGUGCUAAUCUAUA